AUGUCUAAACAGAGAAGGGAUGAACUCCUCCGCGAGAUUGACGAACUACACCUGGCCAUCGAUUUGCAACAGUCGGCUUUGUCCCCCAUCCGCCUUCUCCCCCUCGAAAUCCUAGCCCGCAUCUUCUGGUUUGCCACACCUUCGGGCAUGUCGGUCGAGUACAGCGAUAUAAGAGCCCCUUGGAAUGUCGGAGGAGUCUGCAAGUAUUGGCGAGAUGUGGUCUACUCCACGCCAAGCCUUUGGACAACGAUUAGCAUCGAUUGGAACGCGAACAUUGCACUCGAUCAGAAAAGGUCGCCUUACCCAGAAAGAUUGUCCAAGUUCCUAGAGCUCUCCGGAUCCCAGCCCGUCUCCAUUACUCCCUCCAACUAUCCGCAUGUCGCAUGGGGGCCACCGGCAGAAGCGCCCAACCGCCAGGCAUGGUUAUCCAGCUAUCGACUCUUGGAAGAGGCAGCCUUGACGAGAUGGUCGGGAUCCAUCCGUGCUAGCUUUUUAAGCCAGUUCAGGAAAUUUCAUAGCAACUCCACCCAGACUCUUCCCGCGAUUACCAGGCUGAAUGGAGUGGACGACCAGUUCUUCGCGGAUCUCACCAUGGAGGGAAACAUCAAGCUCCGACUCCCAGCAUUGUCGCAUGUCGUCUUCCAAGACGUGUGGAACAUCAGAUCUGAGCUCGACUCGGAAUAUCGUAGAACGGUCUACCAGCAUGCCAACUCCUUUCUGAAAGAGCAUUCCCGGACCCUUCGCACAUUGGAAUUUCGGGGAACCCACAGUUUGGCGGCAUUUGCUUUCAUGGCGAAGAGUCCGUCAAGCAAUGCGAUCCUCCGUCGUGUCGACAAAUUGGUAAUCAGGCACCAAAGUAGACCUGACGCAGUGUCAAUUCCUUCGGAUGAACUUCGAGUCCUUGGUAGGACUGUUCAUCGUGCCACCGUUCCCUCGGUAUCCCACCUAACCAUCAUCAAUCCUCCCCUCCACGUCGCCGCAUGUUUACGAAGGAUGGCAAUUCCAACCCUCAAGACACUGGAGCUAGUCAUAGCCCCUACAAAGGUUUCCGAGGAAGUCGUGGCACCCACACUUCUGGACUUCUUUGAAGCCUCAGACUGCCGUAGGAACCUGGAGUCACUUUUCCUGAGCUAG